AGAGAGGGAUAACCCUUUGCACCACCCCUCUGGCGAAAAGAAAUCCGUGCUGCAUUAGCUCAAAGCAAAGUAAAGAGCAGCAGCGGCGGCGGAGGCAUCCUCCGCAGCAUCACGUUGCACGGCCAAUCUCAUUACAUCUGCAAAUAGUCCAUCCCGGGGCAGCGCUGUGAGUGAGGGGCGAUGCGUGAAAUCAAGGCGCAUAUUAAAGAGAUUGCAGCAGUAAUAUAAGACAGACGAUGACUCAAGCUCCCCAGCCCGAUCCCUCCGCCCCAUGAUAGAUGUCUAUUAAAAGCUGCUGACGUCAAGAAGCACGGCCAUCUUUGAUGAGGGCAGAGCUGUGUUCCAUUGAAGAGGACGACUCGAGGAGGUGAGGAACGUUGCUUGUUGCCUCCCUGCCUUCACAUUGUACAGAAGCUUCACGAGCUGCCGCUCACGGUAGAGAGUUUUGUAGGGAGACCCCUUGUACACAACACAUUCAGCCACCAUGGCAGAUGACGCUGAUAUGCGCAAUGAGCUGGAGGAGAUGCAAAGGCGUGCAGAUCAGCUGGCCGAUGAGUCACUGGAGAGCACACGUCGUAUGCUGCAGUAUGUUGAAGGGAGUAAAGAUGCUGGUAUCAGAACUUUGGUUAUGUUGGAUGAGCAAGGAGAACAACUGGAACGCAUCGAGGAGGGAAUGGAACAAAUCAAUAAGGACAUGAAAGAAGCAGAAAAGAAUUUGACGGACCUAGGAAAAUUCUGUGGCCUAUGUGUCUGUCCAUGUAACAAGCUUAAAUCCAGUGGUGCUUAUAAUAAGGCUUGGGGCAAUAACCAAGAUGGGGUUGUAGCAAGCCAGCCUGCUCGUGUUGUGGAUGAGCGUGAGCAGAUGGCCAUAAGUGGAGGCUUUGUCCGUAGAGUAACAAAUGAUGCUAGAGAAACAGAAAUGGAUGAGAACCUUGAGCAAGUCGGUGGCAUUAUUGGAAAUCUUCGUCACAUGGCCCUCGAUAUGGGCAAUGAGAUUGACACACAAAACCGCCAGAUUGACAGGAUCAUGGAGAAGGCUGAUUCCAACAAAGCCAGGAUUGAUGAGGCCAACAAGCACGCCACAAAGAUGCUGGGCAGUGGUUAGAUCCAGUGGUGGAGCUUCUGUCUGAUACUGUCCAAAAAGAUAGUACUUUCAUGCUUUCACCAUAGUAUUUACCUACUAGGUUCACACACAUGCACAUAUCAGCUCCCUUGUAAAUGUUGUCCUGUGUAGUAUGUCAGCUCUCCAAAAAGAAAAUUAUAUACUUGUAAUUAUUUAUUUUCGAGAUAUCUUCCUUUCCAAAGGUUGUAUAUAGUGAAAUAGCUCACUAUGCCAUGAGUUGUUCUUAGUUUUUUUUUGUUCAUUUCAUUUUUACAUUUUUUAUUAAAGAUUUUUGCAGAAUGACAACAAUGUAGGAAUGUUAAAUGUGCUGUUUAUCUUGAACUUCACAGUAUUGUUCUUGUAAAAUUGUGACAUUCCAGAGAGCUACUGCCAUUCUUUCUUUUCCUUCUCUAUGUCAUGAUAAUUAAGCUGUCAAACUUGCUGUCCUCGGUCCUUCCUCGCUAAUAUCCGUUAUAUAAUUUAAUGAUUAGAACGUGGACCUAAAUAACUAUAUUGAGCAUUGCACUACAAGUGAUGUGAGUUAUGCAUUGAUGCAUGAAAUCAAAUAGACAUUUAGAUGCCUAAAUAAGAAGACCUUACACCGGCAGUAGCACAUCAACUAAAAAGCAUGCUGAGUAUUUGGACACUGUUGGGACUAUGUUAAACCAGCAAGCUUGCUGUAGUGCAACUUUUCUGUCAAUAUAUUAAUAUAUUUGAACAUAUUUGUUUGUUUCAAACGGCAGACUUGGCAUACACCCCUAGCAAAAAUAUAUAUAAUGCUUUUUUUUUUUGCUGGUAAUAUAUAAAAAAAUAAAAAAAAUAAAAAAACAUAAGUUUUAAGGUUGUAAUAUAGGGUUUGGAUACUGUUUUUGAGGAUCCUCUUUUGGAGGAGAUGACUACAAUCUAAAUGGUACAAUGACAUGUAAUUUUUAUAAGACUGAGUUGUUAGCCUCUUUAAUCCCCACAUGGUUUAUUUUCUGUACUGUUCUCUGUUGCUUACCUAGAGCUAUGCACACCAAAUCGCUGAGAUGUUUAAGUAGAAUAUUAAUUAAGACCAUAUACUAAAUGAUUGAAAUCUAGAUCCAACUGUGAUAUCAAUAUCAUUGCAGCAUGUACUAUUAAAUUCCUUAUGUCUCCUGUCAGUUUGUGAAGUAAUUGAUAUUUUGUAGCUAGUUUAAAACAAUUAAAAAAUAUAAAUCUG